AUGGCAGCUUCUAUUCGAUCCUUUGAGCUGAACACUGGUGCCAAAUUACCUUCGGUCGGUCUCGGAACCUAUGCCUUGGUCCCGGCAACGAUCGAACUGGCCAUUAAGGUAGUACGCGUCGCUUCCCGAUUGAAUUUCGAGAUUGGGUACAGGCAUAUCGAUUGUGCGUCGAUUUACGGCAACGAGAAAGAGAUUGGUAGUGUAUUGAAGAAGCUCAUAGAUGGUGGAAUCGUGAAACGUGAGGAGUUAUUUAUUACCUCCAAACUCUGGUGCAAUGAUCAUUUGCCUGAAUAUGUGCCUAAAGCACUAGCCAAAACAUUGCAGGACUUACAGAUUGACUACGUUGAUUUAUAUUUGAUACAUUGGCCAGUGAGCUUGAAGAAGGAAUCACUUAUGCCAAAACCUGAAACACUCACGAAACCUGACUUACCAAGUACAUGGAAAGCAAUGGAGUCUCUCUAUCACUCUGGAAAAGCUCGAGCCAUCGGCGUGAGUAAUUUCUCGUCCAAGAAGCUCCAAGAUCUUCUCAACGUGGCUCACGUGGUCCCGGCUGUUAACCAAGUGGAGUGUCACCCAGUGUGGCAGCAACAGAGUCUUCAUGAGCUAUGCAAAUCCAAAGGAGUUCACUUAUCCGGUUACUCUCCUUUGGGUUCUCAAUCUAAGGGAGAAAUCAGGCUUAAGGUUCUUCAGAACCAGAUUGUCUCCGAGGUUGCGGAGAAACUUGGAAGAACCACGGCUCAAGUGGCUCUACGUUGGGGACUCCAAAUGGGUCAUAGUGUUGUGCCAAAGAGCUCGAGCGAGGCUCGACUCAAGGAGAAUCUUGAUGUUUUUGUCUGGUCUAUACCCGAAAAUCUGUUUGUCAAGUUCUCUAACAUUCCCCAGGCAAGUUCUAAUUAA